AUGGCGCCCGCUCAAUCGACGGAGCGCGAUGUGGACAUCGAGAUGACACACGAGGAGGAAGACGAUCAGGGAGAGCGCCUGAUUAACGAAGAGUACAAAACAUGGAAGAAGAACAGCCCUUUCCUCUAUGACAUGAUUCUUGGAACCGCCCUCACCUGGCCAACCCUGACAGUUCAGUGGUUCCCUGAUGUCAAGGAACCUGAGGGCAAGAACUACCGAAUGCACCGCCUUCUCCUCGGCACUCACACUUCGGAUGAGAGCCCCAACUUCGUCCAGAUUGCUGAUGUCCAGAUCCCCAAGGCUGUGACACCUAACCCCAGCGACUAUGACGAUGAGCGUGGCGAGAUUGGUGGCUACGGAAAGUCGGGCAAUGUUGCCGCCAUCAAGUGUGACAUUGUCCAGAAGAUCGAGCAUCCUGGAGAGGUGAACAAGGCUCGCUUCCAACCCCAGAACCCCGACAUCAUUGCUACUCUCUGCGUUGAUGGCAAGAUUCUGAUCUUUGACCGAACGAAACACCCUCUCCAGCCUACCUCUCUUGGCAAGAUCAAUGCUCAAAUCGAGCUUGUUGGCCACAAGGCCGAGGGUUUUGGUCUCAACUGGAACCCCCAUGAGGCUGGCCGCCUCGCCUCAGGUAGCGAGGAUACUACCAUGUGCCUUUGGGACCUCAACACCCUCAAGGCCGACUCCAGAAUUCUGAACCCCGCCCGCAAGUACACUCAUCACAGCCAGAUUGUCAAUGACGUCCAGUACCACCCCAUCUCCAAGAACUUCAUCGGUUCCGUUUCGGAUGAUCAGACGCUCCAGAUCGUCGAUGUCCGACACAGCGAGACCGCCAAGGCCGCUGUGGUGGCUCGCAACGGCCAUCUGGAUGCAGUCAACGCGCUGGCAUUCAACCCUAACUCGGAGGUGCUCGUCGCUACCGCCUCGGCAGACAAGACGAUCGGUAUCUGGGAUCUCCGAAAUGUCAAGGAGAAGGUUCACACUCUGGAGGGCCACAACGACGCUGUCACAUCUCUGGCUUGGCAUCCUACCGAGGCUGGUAUCUUGGGAAGUGCCAGCUACGACCGGAGAAUCAUCUUCUGGGAUCUCUCUCAAGUGGGCGAAGAGCAGCUUCCCGACGACCAAGACGAUGGCCCCCCUGAAUUGCUUUUCAUGCACGGUGGCCACACGAACCAUCUUGCCGACUUUAGCUGGAACCCUAAUGAGCCGUGGCUCGUAGCAAGCGCUGCGGAGGACAAUCUGCUGCAGAUUUGGAAGGUUGCCGAGUCAAUUGUUGGUAAAGACGACGGCGACCUGCCUGUCGAUGAGCUCGACCGAUAG